AUGGUUGUGGGUCUGAUUUUGCGGGCGGGCGUUGUCUACGCAGUGGUCAUGGCCACCAAGAACUACGGCGUGUGGGAGUCUCCUGAAAGGACGCAGGAAGUGUUCGACGACACUGUGGAACAUAUCGAACCCUAUGCCGAUCGGGCGCGACGCAAGCUGAAUAUCUGCCCGCCACGACCACCACCGGAGGGCGAGUGGACGUUCUUUGGCAUCCACUACUACAAUCAGUUUGUUAAAUCGGUCUUUGACGUCCUCAGUGUCUUUCCCGCUGGACUAGCUGCGUUCUUGGAAAAGGUCCCUGGCUAUGUGACUGCGAUUAUCGAGAGCAUACAGAAGUACAUCAAGGAGAGCCAGUCCAAGAAGAAAGAGAUCACCAUAUCCAAGGGGCAGCUGGACGAGACGCCUCUGGUCAGGCCAAAAGGACUGGUGCCGCCGCACUGCAAGGACAAGAACUGCCCGAGGGCUCCUCUUAUUCCACCCGAAUGCAAUCGUAACAGGGAUAGCUUCAUCUACGAGCCCCGGUUGCCCAAGAAACCGCCGUGCGAGUGUUCCAAGUGCAAGCAACGGCAGGCGGAGAAUUCGAAGGACAACGAACGCCAAUGCCCCAGACCCCCUAGCAACGAAAAGAGGUGUCCAUGCAGCGAAAAGCCCCGUCCAAAAGCCCGCUCGGAACCCAUAAAAUCUUGCAAACAGUGCCGAAAACCACCUGGUGAAACCGCUGACUAGUAACUCCUUCAAAAAAUCUCGCCAAAUUUGUUGUACUCCACCAUAGACAUGAUAAAUUUGGUUAACAUA